AUGAAAAUACAACCAAUCGGAACCUCUCACCACGUCAUCCUGGGUGAGCAUGAUCGCUCAUCCAAUGCUGAGGCCAUUCAGACCAUUAGUGUUGGAAAGUCCAUCAAGCACCCUAACUACAACAGCUUCACCAUCAACAACGACAUCCUCCUGAUCAAGCUGGCCACUCCAGCUCAGCUCAACACUCACGUGUCUCCUGUGUGUCUCGCUGAAACCAGCGACAACUUCCCUGGAGGCAUGAAGUGUGUGACCUCUGGAUGGGGCCUGACCAGAUAUAAUGCUCCUGAUACCCCUGCCCUGCUCCAGCAGGCUGCUCUGCCUCUGCUGACCAAUGAUGACUGCAAGCGUUUCUGGGGAACCAACAUCACUGAUCUGAUGAUCUGUGCUGGAGCCUCUGGUGCUUCUUCUUGCAUGGGUGAUUCUGGCGGUCCUCUGGUCUGUGAGAAGAAUGGAGUCUGGACUCUGGUUGGUAUCGUGUCUUGGGGAAGCAGCACCUGCUCAACCAGUUCACCUGGCGUGUACGCCCGUGUCACCAAACUCCGUGCCUGGGUUGACCAGACCAUUGCUGCAAACUAA